GAGGAAGUACAUCCAGAGAUGGAACACUGGAAGAUUCUAUUACCCAAAAUCACUGCUGUACUUCAACAUGCAGAAGAAAAUCAAGUUGCCAACCAGUUCGUGAAGUUACAUAUUGAUGAUCUCAAGGACUUGGCUUAUGAUAUAGAGGACAUACUUGAAGAGUUUGUGAUUGAUGCCAAGAGGUCCGAAUUGAGUGCAGAAUCUGAGGCCAGGCCCAACAAGCUUCAAAAAUUCUUCGCCAGUGUCUUUUUUGGAUCUAGAGCUAAGCCUAAUCCAAAGAUCGAUUCCAUGGUGAAUGAUCUGAGUGGUAGAUUGCAGAAAAUUGAUAAUGGGAUGCGUAGUUUGGACCUAGCCAAUUUGGCUUUGAAACUUGAAGAUAAGUCUCACAAAGUAGCUGCAAAAAGAUUACCUGAGUCCUCACUUCUUGAGGACAAGGUGUUGGGUCGAGAUAGUGAUAAAGAUGCUAUUCUUCAAAGGUUGCUAGAAGAUGGAGGUAGUCUUGAACAAGACUUUGUUAUUCCCAUCGUCGGAAUGGGUGGACUAGGGAAGACAACUCUUGCUCGGCUUAUUUACAAUCAUGACAAACUGAAAGGCAGGUUUGACUUGAAGGCAUGGGUUUGUGUUUCUGAUGAGUUUGAUAUUGCUCGAAUAACAAGAACCAUUUUAGAACAGGUAACUAGGAAAAAGUGUGUUUUUGAUGAUUUCAAUUUACUUCAAGAGGAAUUGAAAGGGAAUUUAUCAGGGUUCAAGUUUUUUCUUGUUUUGGAUGACGUUUGGAAUAAGGAAUAUGGCCAAUGGGAUGUCUUGAAGAGACCUUUCAUGUCUGGAGCUCCUGGAAGUAAAAUAAUUGUCACAACUCGAAAUAAGGAUGUUGGCAUGAUGAUGAGAGGAGAUGAUGGCAUUUACAAGUUAGAAUUGCUACAAGAUGAUGCUUGUUUGCCAUUAUUUACACUACAUGCACUUGGGAAAGAGAACUUUGAUGCGCACCCAAACCUACAAGAUGUUGGUGAGAAGCUUGUUUUGAGGUGCAAAAGAUUGCCAUUGGCACUAAAAACCGUUGGUGGCAUCUUGCGGGGAAAGCUCCAUCGUGAUGAGUGGGAAAAUAUAUUAAACAGUGAGAUAUGGAGUCCAUCAGAAGAUAAAAGUGGAAUUCUUCCUGCUCUAAGAUUGAGCUACAAUCAUCUUCCUUCUCAUUUGAAGCGAUGCUUUGCUUAUUGUGCUUUGUUCCCUAAAGACUAUGAAUUUGACAAGAAGAAGUUGGUUUUGUUAUGGAUGGCUGAGGGCCUGUUACAGCAACAGUCACAUGGAAAGAAGCAAAUGGAAGAGAAGAUUGGUGAUCAAUAUUUCCAAGAGUUGUUAUCAAGAUCACUCUUUCAACAAUCAAGUGGAGAUGAAUCACGAUUUGUGAUGCAUGACCUCAUAAAUGAUUUAGCCGUAGAUGUUGCUGGAGAAAUAUAUUGCAAUCUUGAACGUAGCAUGAAUGAUGAAAAAUUAAAGAAGGCUCGUCAUUUGUCAUUCACUCCACACCCUUAUGAAAUCCCAAAAAGAUUCAUAGUCCUGGAUAAAUUGAAGCCUUUGAGAACAUUUUUGCCAUUAAAGGUGCACAAUUAUCGCCCUAUCGCCUAUUUGUUUAACAGAAUCUUGCAUGAUUUCCUACCAACUUCAAAUCGCUUAAGAGUGGUAUCUCUUUGCGGAUAUAUGAUAAACAAGCUACCUGAUUCUUUUGAAAAUUUGAAACACAUUCGAUACAUUGAUUUGUCUGUUACAAUAAUCAAGUGUCUACCUGAAUUAGUGGGUUCUCUUUUCUUCUUGCAAACAUUGUUAUUAUCUCGUUGUUCUCAGCUUACUAAGUUGCCUACAACGAUUGGGAAUCUAAUUGAUCUCCAUCAUCUUGAUAUCACUGAUACGCCAUCUUUAAAAGAGUUGCCGUCAGGAAUAGGCAAUCUUAAAAAUCUUGUAACACUGUCCAAAUUUAUUGUGGGGAAGACAAGUGGAACGAUGAGAUUAUCUUAUUUGAAGAACUUGUCGCAACUUCAAGGAAAACUGUCUAUUUUAGAUCUACAGAAUGUUUUGGAUGUUCAUGAUGCUAGGGAGGCCAACCUAGACAAGAUCCAUGGUCUGGAAGAAUUAAUCUUGGAGUGGACUACUCCUAAUAAUGACGAAGAUGAAUCGGUCCUCGAAAUGCAAGUCCUCAGUUGGUUAAAACCUCAUUCAAAUUUGAAGAGUCUCAAAAUUUCUUGCUAUGGUGGCCAGAGUUUGUCAAACUGGGUUUGUGAUCCAUUAUUAUUUUUGAAUUUAUCAUCCAUGGAGCUCAGCAAUUGUAAGAGAUGCACAUUAUUACCAUCACUUGGCUGGUUACCUGUUCUAAAAAAAUUGAUUAUUAGAGGCAUGGAGGCAAUAGAAUAUGUAGGUUCUGAGUUUUAUGGGGGACAAGACUGUUUUCCAUCACUGGAGGAACUGGGGUUUGAAAACAUGUUAAAUUGGAAGGAGUGGAUUUCUCCAACUGGAAGUGAAGGUGAAUUCCCUUGUCUUCGUAGGCUUGUGAUUCAAACUUGUCCUAAGUUGUUAGGACAAUUACCUAGCAACCUUUCUUCACUUAAAGAGUUGGAUGUUAGCAACUGCAGUGCUAUGCUUUUGAAGAAUAUGGGUGAUCUUACAUCGCUGGCUUAUUUGAGUUUGUUGGGAAUUUCAAAUAUGACUUGCUUGCCCGAGAGUUUUACACGGUCCUUGACAACACUUGAGGCUUUGUGUAUUAGAAAUUGCAAUGAUCUUACUUGUCUGUGGGAGAAAGGGGCAGAAAUAGAACAAAGCCCCUUGCCUUUCAAUCUUAAACAUCUUAGCCUUGUGAAUUGUGGAGCUCUGGAGUCAUUACCUGAUGCAAUGAUGAUGAGGAUGGAUGGCAGCAGUAGCAGCAACACUAGUAUGUUGAUGUCGAGAUUGGAAAAGUUGGAAAUUUUUUAUUGUGAUUCUCUCAAGUCUUUUCCAAGAGGAAAAUUACCCAUCACGCUUAAAUCCUUGAGCAUAGCAAAUUGUAAAGGUCUUGAGUCUCUACCGGAUGCUCAUGGUGAUAAUAAUAAUAAUAGCAAUCUAAAUUUGAAAAUAGGGAAUCUUCCAUGUUUGUAUUCUUCUUCCGAGGGUUGUCAUCAGUUACCAGCUUUUCUCACAGAAUUUAAAGUCAAAUGCUGCGAGUGGUUAGAAUCAUUUCCAGAGAGGAUGCUGCAACAUUGUACGAGACUCCAAUCCAUUGAGAUUAACAAAUGUAAAAUAUUGAAAAGUUUAUCCACCCUUGAUCGUGUCAGCAGUCUCGUUAAAUUAUGUAUUCACAGCUGUGAAGUUUUAGAGUUCUUGCCAGAAGAGUUGGGGUUAUGCACCCCCAAUCUAAAGGAUUUGACAAUAGGAUGGUGUGAGAAUUUCAAAUCCCUCCCGAGUACAAUGUACCAGCUGAAAGCUCUUCGAAAGCUAGAGAUGACAAGCUGCCCCAGCAUCGAGUUCAUUCCAGAUGGGGGUUUGCCCCCAAACUUAACAGAGCUUCUAUUAGAGUGUAAGAAUGUCAAGUUUGUGCCGAAUACAAUAUACCAGCUCACAUCGCUUAAGGAUCUAACAAUCCCAGGUGGGGCUUUAACGAUGGGCCUCCAAACCCUUACGUCUCUGCAAAACUUAACAAUUGAGCAGAAAUUCCCUCUGGAUAUUGUGCUACCUUCUUCUUUACCCUUUCUUAUGAUAAGGAAUGAAGAAAAUUUGAAAUCCAUACCUGGGGGCCUCUUCCAAAACCUAAGCUCCCUUAAAGGCUUAUGUAUAGCUGACUGCCCGAAGCUACGAUCUUUGCCAAGGGAAGCCUUCCCUUCCUCGCUUGGAGAACUAUGCAUCAUGGGGUGUCCCCAUCUAAAACAACAGCACUUCGAGGUGAAAGGAGACUAUUGGAAUCUCACCCGUGGCAUCCGCGUUCAGAUAGAUUGGGAAGAGGUCAACUACUAGAGCUAGCUACAACCAAUUGUUGAGAUGAUUUCAAAGGGGAUGAGUGAUUGUAAUCUGACUAAAUCAAGCUGCAGUUUUACAAGUUUUUUAUUUGGGAAAGCAGAACUUACCCUUCAACUACAGGAUUAGUUAAAAGGUGAUUAAUAGAAGAUUCCAAGUUCAAGCCUCUCUUUUUAGGCAAGAUCUUUCUUCAACAAGUAGGUGCUGGAUGCUUUGACAUUAAUGUUGCCUUUCAUGUGUGAGAUGAUGCUUCCAGUAUGAUGAGUUAUUAAUGAAUGAUACAACGAUAUGUGCUGCGUUCUCUAUUUAUUCAUUCUAAGUCAUAGCCAAGAUUGCAGCAUAAACACUGUUACUUUAAUUAUCCGCUGCUUUACUUAACAAUGGGCUGACUUGCAAAGUAGCUUCAAGAUCUAACAACUUGAUGAAAAAAUGGUGGUGUUCACAAUUCUGUCAGAGUUGCAGGCUUGAAGCUAUAAUCUUCUACCAUCCAAAGAAUGCCCUCUCUGGACAUGGAUUUUCUUUGAGUUUUUCUAGUAACUUCUCUUGAUCAGUUCCCUAAAUCAAGGACAAUUUGAGGAUACAUAUAAAGGUGGAUGGAGUAAAGCUUUGAGGCAGCAUUAUGCACUAGUCAUUUCAAGGAUUCUUCAUUUGUAUGUAUCCAUCCGUCUGGUGUUGAGAAAACUCUUCAUGAAGGCAUACAUAAACUGCAUGGAGCUUGGACUCUGAAUGUAUCAAGCCAGUGGAGCUUUAAAUGGCAGCAAGUGGCUGGUUUUGAUCAACAUUGCAAAAAAUAGUAGACUGUGAGAGUGAGUUGCAACAGCAGCAGGAAGGUUAGUAGAAGAGUUAUGGUGUGCUCUAUGAUCAACAGUGAUUAAACUUUGUAAUAAUGAUAUUUUUUAGCAGAUGUUUUCUACUGGACUAGUUCCAGUGGUAUUUUCCCCUUAAGGAUUUUUUACAUUAAAAAAACUACUAUCUU